AUGAUGAGCCACAACAAUAACUUCUCGAAGCAUUCGCGAGGUAGCCUACAGUCAUAUGAGACUCCGAAGUCGCCAUCGAGGUCAACUAGGAGUGUUGAUCCUUUGAAACCAAAUGAUCCUAUGCUGUCUUCAUCGCCGUCGAGGCGGAGAAACCAGAAUACCAUUUUCAGUGACCGAUAUAUACCGAACCGCACGGGAGUGGAUUUACAAGCCGCCUUUAGUUUGACAAAUGAAGAUGUACUACCGGAUAUACGAAGUAAUCGGAACGCAGACAACGAGAUUGAAAUUAGAAAGGAAGAGGAGGCCAAUCGGACUUUUACAACUGUUUUAAAAGCGGAGUUGUUUGGAGAUAAUGUUCCAAUGGCCACGGCUGAUUUGACAAGUCAGUCAACAGCAAUCAAUGGAAGCAAUAACAGAGCAAAGACAUCUGCACAGCGACCCGGAAGUACUGGUGCAGGGUCUAGCAUAUCGACAUCAGGAACACCACCUAGAUCAUCCGGCUCAUUACCUCAUCUACCAAUGUCGGCCACUUCAUCAACCAGUCAGCUAGCGAAUUCGAGCUCAAUAUCCACUUUUGACUCCGACGAUGUAUUGUCCACGCCGCGUCGGAAAACAAAUUUAUUCACGUACCAGUCACCGAAGAAGUCAAGACCAGUGUCGAGGGAUUUACAACAGGAGCUUUACUCGUUGUCGCCAGUUCGACAAGAAUCGCAAAAGUUUCUCUUAUCGCCUCAAAAGAAGGCGCGUGCUAUUGCAAAAGUCCCGUAUCGUGUGCUCGAUGCGCCUGAACUCUCUGAUGACUUUUACUUGAACUUGGUGGAUUGGGGACAACAGGAUGUGCUAGCUGUCGGAUUGGGCGAUAGCGUUUACUUGUGGGACGGAUCAACACAGUCAGUUGAUCGAUUGUGCAAUUUGUCAAACAAGGACAAGGUGACAAGUUUGAACUGGAUAGGUACUGGUACUCAUCUAGCAAUUGGAACUUCGAAAGGCUUGGUUGAAAUCUGGGAUGCAACUAAAAUCAAAUGUAUUAGGACAAUGACGGGCCAUUCCUUGCGGGUGAGCUCUUUAGCUUGGAAUGAACACAUUUUAUCAAGUGGGUCUCGCGAUCGAACUAUAUUGAAUCGUGAUGUUCGUAUUGAGGACCAUUUUGUUAAUAAAUUUGAAAGUCACAGGCAAGAAAUAUGUGGACUUAAAUGGAAUGUUGAUGAGAAUAAAUUGGCUAGUGGUGGAAAUGACAACAAGUUGUUUGUGUGGGAUGGCUUGAAUACUAAACCCUUGUAUCAAUUUACUGAGCAUUCCGCGGCAGUCAAGGCCAUAGCUUGGUCGCCGCAUCAAAGAGGUAUUUUGGCUUCGGGAGGAGGAACCGCUGACAAAACCAUCAAGACAUGGAAUACCUUGACUGGCAACAUGAUUCACGACGUUGAUACGGGAUCCCAAGUUUGUAACUUAAUCUGGUCCAAAAACUCAAAUGAGAUUGUUUCCACGCAUGGAUAUUCACGAAAUCAAAUUAUUGUUUGGAAAUAUCCCUCGAUGCAGCAAAUUGCCCAAUUAACGGGACACACGUACCGUGUCUUGUAUUUGUCACUUUCACCCGAUGGUGAAACUAUUGUCACUGGUGCUGGUGAUGAAACAUUACGAUUCUGGAAUGUUUUUGAAAAAAACAAGAGCAAUGACUCGCCGUCAUCGGUAUUAUUGGGAGCUUUUCUGCAAAUACGUUAA